AUGUCUGACCCAUUAGUGGUUCUGCGGACCGCUUUGGCGGGAAACCACAAGGUUGAAAUAGUAUCUGGUCCCAGUGGAGAAGUUGUAGACUUUGCAACUGGUCAGGGCCUCAGGGCUCUUCUCCCAGAUGGUGAGGUUUUUCUGCCGUUUGAACAGGCGACCCGGUUUGAGUCCGAAACAGUUGAAGGGGGUGUUUUAGACGUCAAAACAGCCUGGUUUGCAUGGGUCCAUAAAAAUGCCGGUAUCACUGACUACAUUUCUGCCGCGGAAGAGCAGGGCAUUGGCCAUCUGCGAUUCUUGGAGCGCACCGAUCUUAUCUCGUGGCUUGACGGCUCUUCUGCUGAAAGCGAAUUUAUCAAAGGCGAUGCAGUUGCAGCAAGCGGCGCAGCGAUAUCGGAGGCAGCAGGUGCUACACAAGCCACAGCUGUCCCUGCUCCCUCCGGACGGGUUGAAAAACGGCCCAUGUCUGAAGACAUGAAGGCGAUUUACGAAAAGGAAAAGCAACUAGCAAACCACAACACAGUUCUCCAUGGGUCUAAAAAGAUUAAUUUCUCGGGCGUUUCUGCUCAAAGCCAUCGUGAGAUCAUCCAUCCUUUCAAAAGCUCGUCCAAGCGGCCGGCCGCUGAAGCCCGCACAGCAGGAGCUACCCAGGCGGCUUUGCAGCCCGGUAAAAACCAAGACCCUAUUAUUCUUCUGUCCCCAAGUCCGUCCAGUAUGAUCAAUAUGGCCAACGUAAAGGAGUUUUUGGAAAAUGGUGUAUUCGACCCCGUUCUUCGCCAGGCCGGGUCGCCCAAUUUGCUGCGGAUUUCUCGCAAGUCGCCUGUUCUUGGCAAUCUCAGGUUUAUUGUUGUGGAUUCUACGGAAAAAUUCAAGCCAGAGUAUUGGAACCGGGUUGUCGCGGUGUUUGCAACUGGACAGGCUUGGCAGUUCAACUCCUAUAAAUGGUCUGAUCCAAACACAUUAUUCCACCAUGUGCUGGGAUUUGCUCUGGUGUAUAAAGGUGACCAAAUGCCCCAACAGUUGAAAGAGUGGAAUGUAAAAGUAGAGACCCUGGAUAGAGUCCACCGUUUCCGGGACCGAGAGCUCGUGGAGCGUAUUUGGGAUCGGUUAGAGGCUAAUAUGAUUGCUCGGGGAUGGCCAGUUAAGCGCUAG